UAUUGCCUCCAAUUGUGAGUCUCACUUCGUUUCGAGCCAUCAGUCAUGCUUUCCACGUUUGAUUCAGCAACCAAAGUAUGGAGCGGUCUUCACCGACCUCCACUUUUGAACCCCGAGGCAAGCCUCGGACAGGUAUUGCUGCAUACCUUCAGCCUAAAUCCAUCCAAAGUGAUCCAAAUCGACGCCGACACGGGACGAUCGAUGACCAACGGGGAGCUGCAGCUUCGUGCGAUCCGAAUGGCGCAGAACCUCAAGAAGCUGGGAUUCUGCAAAGGGGACAUGGUAUCCAUGGCCUGUGCCAACAGUGAGAAUGUGACCCCGUUAGUCGUGGGACUGCUGAUCAACGGAAUGCCCUUCAAUACACUCGCGCCAAACUACGGUGUGGAUGACAUGGUCCACAUGAUGAAGAUUACACAACCCAAGUUGGUGUUCUGCGAUGCAAACAACUAUGAAACAGUCCAAAAGGCAGUCGAAUUAGCCGUGAAAGAUAAGCCACUUGUGUACGUUUUGGAGAGUGAGAUGAAUGGUGUUAACAAGAUUGAAGAUCUGUUCAAAGAAACUGGACGGGAACAACUUUUUGUUGCACCUUAUCUGGGAGAUUCUCGUCAGCUGCUUGCCAUGAUCCUGUGCUCAUCGGGAACUACCGGUCUUCCGAAAGGAGUUUGUGUAUCCCAUGCACAUCUGAUCACGAUGUACGGAAAUCGUUUUCCCGGGUACAACUUCCAGCUACUGUUCAAUUUCAGCCCAUUGUUUUGGGCUACUGGCGUAUUCACACUAAUGAUAUCACUUAUAAGUGGCCUCACGAGGCUUAUCACACGCAAACCGUUCAGCGAAGACUGGUGUUUUGAGCUUCUAGAACGAUUCCAAGUAGAUUGGAUUUUCACGCCACCCUCGUACGCCCAUCUGCUGUUGCAGCAUCCUCGCGUGAAGACUGCCAACUGGUCCAACAUCCGACUGUGGGCCAUGGGAGGAAGUGCCGCAUCUGAGCAGAUCCGAGAUUCUAUCGAAGCGCUGCUACCGAACGGAAGAACUUCCAACGGUCUGGGAAACUCAGAGAUUGGAGGUAUUGCUUUCGAUCUGAUCAAACGCAAGCCUGGUUCCGUUGGAAACCUGUUGCCAAAUAUCAAGGGAAAGAUCGUUGAUGAAGAUGGAACGGCUUUGGACAAUGGAGUUCGGGGAGAGCUGAUGCUUAAGUUUAGUGAGAAAAUUCUUGGAUAUUACAAAAACCCGGAAGCCAACGCAAAUUCUUUCGACGAAGAGGGUUGGUUGAGGACUGGUGAUAUUGCGUAUUUUGACGAAGAAGGGUAUUUGUUUCUGGUGGAUCGCAAAAAGGACAUGCUCAAGUAUCGAAACUACCAGAUAUCCCCGACGGAUCUUGAGUCGAUAGUGGCAAAGAUCGACGGAGUGAGUCAGGUGUGUGUUGUGGGAGUUCCGGAUGAAGACGGAUCAUCCGAUCUUGCCACGGCAGUUAUUGUUAAGUCCCAAGGUAGUCGACUUACUGGGGAUGAUGUGCUAAAAGCAGUAAACGAUCAGGUCGCGGACUUCAAAAGGUUACGCGGAGGAGUGUUCUUUGUGGAAGAAUUUCCAUUGACGGCUACGGGAAAACCCUUGAGAAGAAAGAUCCGUGAAAUUGUGCUGAGUUUGGUCAAGUCGAAAUAAAAAUGAAAACAUUAAAA